CUUCCAAGCCGGAUUUCUAAAAAGGGGGCUGACUGGCAAAAAGGACGACAACACCGGAAUGAGGAAAUUGACGAGGGCAAAGCCAUGUGCAAAACAAAGUUGUUCAUCGCUGAUAACCAUACAACCUGAUGAGCCGGAGGUCACUCCGCUCAAGUCUCCCAGAGGUGCUCCGCUUCUCUGUCUCCUCUUCCCGAAAAGACAGCAGCACCUUCCACCAGCUCCGUACCCUGCACCCAGUGAUGUCUCUCCUCCUCAUCACAGUGCUGUCUUCACUCAUAGUGCACGAUGCGGAGGCGUGGAGCGCCAAUGUCAAGUACGCGGUGAACUGCCCGGACAGAUGCAACGCGGAGCGGUGCGGCGGGACGCAGCGGUGCACACGGACCGUCCUGGAUGACUGCGGCUGUUGUCAGGUCUGUGCAGCCGGCAGAGGGGAGCACUGCUACCGCACCGUGUCGGGGAUGCACGGGGUGAAGUGCGGACCGGGAUUAUUCUGUGAGUUCUACAAGGAUGAGGACGAUUACGGAGACGAAUAUGGGAUCUGCAAAGACUGCCUGUAUGGAACCUAUGGGGUCGAGUGCCGCAAGACGUGCAACUGCAAAGGAAGCAUAUGUGACAGGGAGACAGGAGCUUGUCUCACCCUCAAAUUCUUUGCCAAAAUCGCCAGCAAGCUCAAGACUGAGCCUCAAACAGGAGGAGAGCUGGGCUCAGGAGAAGUUAGCGCUGCCCAGAGCACAGAUCAACACACUGACAGAUCCACUGCUGCAAAGCGGCUCAUCCCUCGCUGACAAGUGCUGACAAAACUGAAUCUGUUCAGUGUAAAUGUAGCAUUAACUUAUAAAUGUACUGAAAGAUAUAUUUUAUUAUGUUAAAUGAUGAAAAAACUUUUUUACAGCAUUUGGAAGUUUUAUUUGGUCCUUGUUUGACACAAGCAUCUUUUCUAAUGAAAUAUGCGGACUAUGUUAUUCUCUCUCUUCUUCUUUCAUUGUUCUUUAUCUGUUUUUGAGUAAAUUAAUAAAAAUGUGUCCUAGUUUGUUCUCAUGAGCAUCGGUGUAGACCUGAUUGUCUCAUUUAGUGUGCCUUCAUUCAGUAUAGUUGAGAAAACGAGUUACUGUCACAAGACAAGAACUUGUAUUUAUUUUCAAACUUGAUACAGCUAUUGUCAUUCAUUAACACAUUGUAGUCCACUUACUGUUUUAAAGGUUUUUUUUUUUCCAUAAUGAUAUUUUAUUUGUACUGUAUAUAUGAAAAUCAGACAUGGAAAUAUCAUGUAUAUGACACCAGCCAAUGUAAAGAAUGCUUUUACAAUUAAACCAAAGUUAU